AGCCUAGAGAGAGGGGAGGGAGUGAGGGGACUGAGCAGGCUCAUGUCUGAGGUUCUGCACCCUCAUUGUGGAAGAUGGCAUUCUGACAGACAGUAGCCGGCAGCAGCAGCAGCAGCAGCAGUAGCAGCAGCCGGGGGAUAAUGCAGGGCGGGGUCGGCGAGCCAUGCCAAUGGGAGCAUUAGGAAUACGGAGUAGGAGGAAUAGCAGGAGCAGGGAGUGAGUGGAACUGCUUGUCACUGACACAAGUCUCCAUAGAGCGUGCUGGGAGACAGCGCCAGCAGCAGCAGCACAUCAGCCGCAGCCAUGGCAUCCAAGUGCCCGAAAUGUGACAAGACGGUGUACUUCGCUGAGAAAGUAACCUCAUUGGGAAAGGACUGGCACAAGUUCUGCCUGAAAUGUGAGCAUUGUAAUAAGACUCUUAAUCCUGGUGGGCAUGCUGAGCAUGACGGAAAGCCCUAUUGCCACAAGCCCUGCUAUGCCUCCUUAUAUGGACCAAAAGGAGUUAAUAUUGGAGGAGCAGGAUCCUACAUCUACAGGAAACCAAGUGAGGACAAACCUGUGUCUCCCACUGAGGACGCCCCUAAGCUGGAAGAGAAGAAAUUUAGUGGACCCACAAGGAGUCUUAGCAAAGCUUCCAGUAUAACGACUUUUACAGGAGAACCCAAUCUGUGUCCUCGCUGUGAGAAGAAAGUAUUUUUUGCAGAAAAAGUGACCUCUCUGGGGAAGGACUGGCAUCGGCCUUGUCUGCGCUGUGAACGGUGCUCAAAGACGCUGACUCCGGGUGGCCAUGCUGAGCAUGACGAGAAGCCCUAUUGUCACAAGCCUUGCUACGGAAUCCUGUUUGGGCCAAAAGGUGUGAACACAGGAGGUGUUGGAAGCUACAUCUAUGAGAAAGAACCUGAGACAAAGGCUCAGCCCUAAGAAGUUCCCGCAGCUGUCCCUACUUCAACCCUGGGAGACCCGUCUCACAAUAUUUGUAUUACUUCUAGCUGAUGACACGAAACUGGUUAUUAGAGAAGCGUAGAUAAUACAGCUUUGGUACAGUUGAACAAGUUCAAAAGUUACAUGUUUUAUACCUGAUGUUGAAAUUGAUGCUGCCUUUAAAUUAUACAGUACGUGAUUCAAUGCAUAGUCUUCAGUACUUUAGAAGCCAGGGAGAGCCUUGUGCUACUGUAUGUGAAUUGUUUCUGUAUGUGCUUCUGAGAAUUUCAGUAUUAUUUGUUCUUUUAAUCUUCUAUAAGUAGAGAAGUUUCCCAAACACUGAACAUGAUACAGCGCAUAAAACGGCCAUUUCAUGCUU